CUUAGCCGUUUAUUUCUACAGGAAACAAAAUGGCCGCUAAUAACCGAUGAUUUCGACUUAGAGUUAAACGGUCAUCCAGUUUAAAAUUGCCUGUGUGGACAGCAGUCAUGGUGAGUUGAGUUGUCCUCAGCUGCUCUUUGCAGAUACUGUUGGCCUCACCGCGUAAAAACAAAAGAAGCUCAACACGGUUUCACUGAAGCGUGUUCCCAGAGGGUGUGUACAUGUUGGUGCAAGCGCAUGUGUGUGAGAGUGAGCUCUGUAAUGUGAUGACGAUCUCCAUCAUCUGACAUAAUCAGGAUGAUUCAUGAGAGCAUCAGUUGUGUCUCUUCAUGUGCAGAGCCAGGUGGUCGGAGCGGGAGAAGGCCCUCUGACACAGCAGGCACUCGUAGGGUUUCUGGCCAGUGUGCUUGCGAUAGUGACGCGUCAGCUCGUCGGAGCGCGCAAAUUUCCAGCUGCAACCUUCCCAUGAACAGUGUGGCCGCAUGUUGUCAAUGUGCCAACGGCUUUAAAAAAUUCAACAUGAUGGAGGCUUCCUCACAGAGUAAAGACAGCAGAGGAGGACUGUGGAACAACCCCAGAGCCACCCAGUACAGCAAGGAGACCCAGGAUAUGCUGAGAUUGAUGAUGCAGGAAUCGAGACUCACCAACGUGCAGAGAAAACAGCUCAACAAAAGCCUCAAGAAUGCAGCAGCAUUACAACUGACCUCUGACCCCACAUCAUCAGCUUCUCCCUCUCAGCCUAAAACCAGUAAAUCUGUCCCGAUGUUCCUGCCAGGCAGGACUCAGAAACGCACCGCUGAAUCUUGUCGCUCUGGGAACAACUACGUCAGAGAAAAGUUCACCCCUGGUCCUACAAGAGACCUAGAGAAAGAGAAGAGGAGGCUUCAGAGUAUACUGGCAACAGGAAAAGAAGAACCCACAGCUGCAUCUUCCCAAAAAGUUCCCGCAUGUCAGAACCCAGAUGCGUCAGAGGAGAAAGACCGGUAUCAGGAAGUUCUGGAUGAGAUAGAGGAGAGAAGACAGUUUCUGGCAGAUAUGGCCUCUCUGGGUCAGGAGGCGCAGUACAUUGGCAUCAUUAACACGGAGAUAUCUCAGAGGAUCCGAGAACUGCAGCUGCUGGAGAAGGACUACAGUCGUGAGAAGGGUCCAGUGACAUCUGAGAGGAAAGGGUCGGAAGAUAACAAAGACUGACUUGAAAGAGACAGGAAAGAUGACUCACUGCCACUGACUUGGAAAUCAGACGACGUAUAGCUCAACAGAAACGUGGCGCUACAGAAGCCCUUGGUUCCAGCCGGACAGGAAGACAGGCACAGAGCGGAAACACAGACACGACAGAGAUUACCAUUUAAAAUGGAGGACAAAUA